UGCGCCAGCUUUAUCCUCAUUUUCAUUCCGCACCAAGAAGACUUGCGAUUCUUCUCGUCGCGCUCUCCCUACCUAUCAAAACCCUAAUCUCUCCGUAUUCUUAUCCUGGGAUUUACAUCCAAUUUCUUCAAUUCUGUUAGUGGUCGACCGAUUCCUAUCCGAUCAGUGCUGAUUUGGUUCUGUGGACCAGGAGGAUGAGCUAAUUAUCGAGGGUGCGCCCUAGUCGCCUGCUCGCGUACCUUUUACUCUACAAUCGGGUUAUCGAUUCGUGGUGUUCUUGAGGCAGGAUUCGAUAGCUGAAGCGGCGGUUUGCUUGUCUAUUGAUCGAGAGAUUUGCGUCGGAGGUUUCCUCAGUUCGAGGCGGUGAUUCGGCGAUUCGGUUCGGCGCCAGAAGGAGAGGGCUUUUCGGCGUUCUUUUACGAUCUGUUGGAUCUACGUAAUUUGCGGUGUUUUGGUGAAUAUUUUGAUCGAUCCUGAUUAUCUCGCUCUCAUUCUCUCUACCCUUGUGCAAGAGCAAGGAAGACUCAGCGUUUGGAAUUUAUCGGUCUCCUGAAGGAUUAGAAGGCCAUUAGUCGGUUUGAUUUUUCUUGAUUAAGUGCAAGAAAACGAAGUAAAGAGGAAAAAAAAAGAACAAAAAAAGAACUCGAUUUUCCGUUGUACUUCUGUUAUUUGUUUUCUUCUUCAUCUUUGUUUGAGUUGAAUGCCAGGCUUUUUGUUUUGUAUUAUUUGACGGCACAAUUUAUAUCUGUAGUUAUUCCUCUAUCUACAAAGAAAGGUGAAAAAAUAUGGCUGUGUACUAUAAAUUUAAAAGUGCAAAAGAUUACGAUUCAGUUCCGCUGGAUGGACACUUCAUAUCAGUGGGAAACUUGAAAGAAAAAAUAUUUGAACUAAAGCAUUUGGGCAGGGGUACUGAUUUUGACCUCGUUGUCACCAACGCCCAGACUAAUGAAGAGUACCUUGAUGAAGCAAUGUUAAUUCCCAAAAAUACUUCAGUUUUAAUACGCCGAGUUCCCGGACGCCCUCGACUGCCUAUAGUUACUGCGCCUGUUUCUGAGCAACAAGAGACAAAUACGAGUAGCAAUCCUGAUGAUGUUCAAGUUACAAAGAGUGGCUUUUCUGGAGCAGAUCCUUCUGCCAUGAAAUAUGCUGAAGAUACAGAUUGGGAUGAGUUUGGAACAGAUCUCUACGCAAUUCCUGAAACUAUAUCUGUGCAAUCAAGCAUUCCAGCUCAGGAGGCUCUCCCUGUAAGCAAAGAAGAUGAGGAGAGCAAGAUCAAAGCACUAAUUGACACUCCCGCUUUAGAUUGGCAACAUCAACAUUCCGAUGGGUUUGGUUCUGGUCGUGGUUUUGGACGUGGCAUGGGUGGAAGAAUGAUGGGUGGACGUGGUUUUGGUCGAGGUGGAUUUGAGAAGAAAACACCACCACCUGGUUACAUAUGUCACAGGUGCAAGGUGCCUGGUCAUUUCAUUCAGCACUGCCCAACAAAUGGUGAUCCCAAUUUUGAUAUUAAAAGGGUUAAACCUCCCACUGGAAUUCCAAAGUCCAUGUUGGUGGCUACUCCAGAUGGCUCAUAUGCAUUGCCAAGUGGAGCUGUUGCUGUUCUAAAGCCAAAUGAGGCUGCCUUUGAGAAAGAGAUUGAGGGGAUGCCAUCCACACGGCCUGUUGGUGAUCUCCCACCUGAAUUGCAUUGCCCACUGUGCAAAGAAGUAAUGAAAGAUGCUGUCCUGACAAGCAAGUGUUGUUUUACCAGCUUUUGUGAUAAAUGUAUAAGAGAUUACAUCAUUUCCAAGUCAAUGUGUGUCUGUGGGGCCACAAGCAUUCUUGCAGAUGAUCUUUUACCCAACAAGACUCUGAGGGAUACCAUUAACCGAAUUCUGGAAUCCAAUAAUAACAGCACUGAAAAUGGUGGGAGUGCAUUUCAAGCCCAAGACUUGGAGUCUCGCAAUCCACAAGCUAAGGUUCCAUCCCCCACACAGUCUGCUGCCUCAAAGGGAACGAAAGAGCCCACACCACCACCCCAAAAGGAAGAAAUCUUAAAGGAUGCAGAGACUUCAAAGGCUGUCGAGACAGUUGAAGAAAACAAAUCUUUAGAUGUGCCACCAUCAGAACCAGAUAAAGGGAAAGCUCCUAGAUUACCUGAUGUUGCAGAAGCUACUCAUGACUCAAAAACUAUGAAGGAGGGAGGAGGAGCAGCUUCGCAGGGAAGUGCUCAAUUUGUUGACGAAGAGGUCCAGCAGAAACCAGUGUCUGGUGAAGCAGGUAAGAAGAAGAAAAAGAAGAAAGUGCGCAUGCCUCCUGGUGCUGCUGAGAUGCAGUGGAGAGCUGCACAGGAAUUUGCACCCGAGAAUUAUAUGAUGCCUAUGGGUGGUCCCGCUGCUGCUUUUAAUCCUUACUGGAACGGAAUGCAACCCGGGUUGGAUGGGUUUAUGCCUCCAUAUCCUGGUCCAAUGCCAUACAUGGGGUAUGGCCUCAAUCCCAUGGAUAUGGCAUUUGGUGGUGUAAUGCCACACGAUCCAUUUGGAGUACCAGGUUGUAUGAUGCCAUACGGUGCCCCCCCUCAGAGGGAUCUUGCUGAGUUAGCAAUGGGGGGAUUCAACGCCGGGCCACCUAUCAUGAGCCGAGAAGAAUUCGAAGCUCGAAAAGCUGAUCUGAAGAGGAAGCGCGAAAUGGAGAGACGGGCAGAUAUUAAUAAGGAAAUGCCUAAAGAGCGCGAAUACGGGCGAGAUGGAAGAGAAGGGAGCAGCACUAUCGACGCCUCGUCCAAGCCCAAACCUAGGCCUGUUCUUCCGCCGCCUCCGGCGGCUGACAACCGCCACCGGGCGGAGCGGCGCUCCUCCCCGGACCGUCGCUCCGACAUUCCGCGUCCGUCGAAGAAGAAGCCGGAAGCUCACGAGGAAGACCGCCGAUCGCACCGUUCCGACCGCCGUGACUAUCCGGAUGAACCCCACCGCCACCGCGAUCGCCACCGCAGCAGCGGCAGCAGCCACCAGCGUCGGUCGGAAUCUCCGUCGGAGCCUCCUGCUUCGGCACUCUCCGCCGCUGAGAAGAAGAAGGCCAGUGUGUUCUCCCGCAUCAGCUUCCCUGAGAACGAGCAGCCGUCUAGCAAAAAAAGGAAGACUUCUGAAACCUCCGCCGGCGCCGGCACCGGCGCCGGAAAUCAGAGGUCGACGGCGACAGUUUCCAAUGGCUACCAUGAAGAUCACCACAAGGCUAGGAAAACUGCGGUGGCGGCCGAUGACAGCAGCGAUGAUGAAAGGCACUUCAAGAGGCGGCCGUCGAGGUACAACUCGUCCCCUCCGGCGGCGGCGGCGGCGGAGGAUCACCGGCGGUCGAGGGACAAGGACCGCGGAGGGUACAGCAAGCAUCGAUAGACUAGAUCGAUUUGAUCUUUUUUAUCGAUAGAUAAAUAGAUAGAAAUGAAUGAAUGAGUCUGAAGAAUAGAAGAGGAAAAAGCAUGUGAUGUCUUUUCGUUCGUUGCUAUCGUCAUCUUCCCUUUAUAUCAUAUCUUUGUUUGCAGCCUUUUGGUAUGUAAUAACAUCAAGAAGUUAUUGUUACUAUCUUCUUAAGCAUCUUAACAUUAAAUGCAAUUGAUGCUUGUUUCUUUCUA